CCCGACGUUUCCCCCUGGGCAUUGUUCCUGUGUGUCCCCAGUCACUAAGUUGUCUGGAAGAAGACACUUUUCCAGCUCAGGAGCUCUGUCUGACAGAGUGCAUGCAGCUGCACACAGAGCCGCACUUUCCUGGGGGUGAUAUGAUGGGGAGACUCAGGCUCAGCACACUUUCCGUGGCUCAGCCCAGUGACAGGGGCUUCGCUCUGCGAGCACGGCAUGACACCAUCCACUCUGAGGAUGGCCGCUGGCAGGCCCGGGGCAGCCGUGCAGUACCGUGUUAAGUAGUGUGGCUGGCACGCUUUUGCCUCUGCCAGUGUGGGCACUGCCCCCACCUCACCGGUUGCUGCUUCUCGGCUCUGCUCCUCAGAUGCCUUAAGCUGUGGAGCUUUGCUGUGAUCCGCCAUCACUCUCAGCUUGUCCAGGCUGUGCAUUUCACACAGGAUCGCCAGUGCUGGGCCAAGCCAGUGAACCCCCUGGGAGUGUGUGACGUGUCCCCACAACCACCUGCUGCCGGGCACUGUUCCAGCAGCACUGAUGUUAAAGAAAACCGCAAUCUGGACAACAUGCCCCCCAAGGACAGCAGCACACCCGGGCCUGGCGAGGGUAUUCCGCUCUCCAACGGGGGUGGUGGUAGCAGCAGCAGGAAGCGGCCCCUGGAGGAGGGCAGCAAUGGCCACUCCAAGUACCGCCUGAAGAAGCGAAGGAAAACACCAGGGCCUGUUCUGCCCAAGAACGCCCUGAUGCAGCUGAACGAAAUCAAACCUGGCUUGCAGUACAUGCUGCUGUCCCAGACAGGACCCGUGCAUGCGCCUCUGUUUGUCAUGUCUGUGGAGGUAAAUGGGCAGGUCUUUGAGGGCUCUGGCCCUACCAAGAAAAAGGCAAAACUCCACGCUGCUGAGAAGGCCCUGAGGUCUUUUGUCCAGUUUCCCAAUGCCUCCGAGGCCCACCUGGCCAUGGGAAGGACCCUGUCUGUGAACACAGACUUCACAUCUGACCAGGCUGACUUCCCCGACACACUCUUCAAUGGCUUCGAGACUCCAGACAAGUCAGAGCCACCCUUCUACGUGGGCUCCAACGGGGAUGACUCCUUCAGCUCAAGUGGCGACGUCAGCCUAUCAGCCUCCCCAGUGCCUGCCAGCCUUACCCAGCCUCCUCUGCCCAUCCCGCCACCAUUCCCACCCCCAAGUGGAAAGAACCCCGUGAUGAUCUUGAACGAGCUACGCCCAGGGCUGAAGUACGACUUCCUCUCUGAGAGCGGGGAGAGCCACGCCAAGAGCUUCGUCAUGUCCGUGGUGGUAGAUGGCCAGUUCUUUGAGGGCUCAGGGAGAAACAAGAAGCUUGCCAAGGCCCGGGCUGCACAGUCUGCCUUGGCUACUGUCUUCAAUUUGCACUUGGACCAAACGCCAUCACGCCAGCCUGUCCUCAGUGAGGGUCUUCAGUUGCAUUUGCCACAGGUACUGGCAGAUGCUGUCUCACGCCUGGUCCUGGGUAAGUUCAGUGACCUGACAGACAACUUUUCCUCCCCUCACGCUCGAAGGAAAGUGCUUUCUGGAGUAGUGAUGACCACAGGUACAGAUGUCAAAGACGCCAAGGUGAUAAGUGUUUCGACAGGGACGAAGUGUAUCAACGGUGAAUAUAUGAGUGACCGCGGCCUCGCGCUCAAUGACUGCCACGCGGAGAUAAUCUCCCGAAGGUCCCUGCUCAGGUUUCUUUAUGCACAGCUUGAGCUUUAUUUAAAUAACAAAGAAGACCAGAAAAAGUCCAUAUUUCAGAAGUCAGAGCGGGGUGGGUUCCGACUGAAGGAUACUGUGCAGUUCCACCUGUACAUCAGCACCUCACCCUGCGGAGACGCCAGAAUAUUCUCUCCCCAUGAGCCCGUGCUAGAGGGUAUGACGCCAGACUCUCAGCAGCUGACAGAACCAGCAGAUAGACAUCCGAAUCGCAAAGCAAGGGGACAGCUACGGACAAAAAUAGAGUCUGGGGAAGGGACAAUCCCUGUGCGCUCAAAUGCCAGCAUCCAGACCUGGGACGGGGUGCUGCAGGGAGAACGGCUGCUCACAAUGUCCUGCAGUGACAAGAUAGCACGCUGGAACGUGGUGGGCAUCCAGGGGUCUCUGCUUAGCAUUUUCGUGGAACCCAUCUACUUCUCCAGCAUCAUCCUGGGCAGCCUGUACCACGGGGACCACCUCUCCAGGGCCAUGUACCAGCGGAUCUCCAACAUAGAGGACCUGCCGCCGCUCUACACCCUCAACAAGCCCCUGCUCAGCGGCAUCAGCAAUGCGGAGGCUCGGCAGCCAGGGAAGGCACCCAACUUCAGCGUCAACUGGACAGUGGGCGACACGGCCAUCGAGGUUAUCAAUGCCACAACAGGAAAGGACGAGCUCGGCCGCCCCUCCCGCCUGUGUAAGCACGCGCUGUACUGUCGCUGGAUGCGUGUACACGGCAAGGUCCCCCCCCACCUGCUGCGCACCAAGAUCACCAAGCCCACCACGUACCACGAGUCCAAGCUGGCAGCGAAGGAGUACCAGGCUGCCAAGGCACGUCUGUUCACUGCCUUCAUCAAGGCAGGGCUGGGCGCCUGGGUGGAGAAGCCCACGGAGCAGGACCAGUUCUCCUUCACUCCCUGAGCCAGGCGGGCGUCAAGCGCAGAGUGCGAGGCUGUGGUGCCGAACCGUCCCCCAGAGCCUUGCAUCUGAGCUGGGACCGGCGUGCACCUCGGGGACAGCAUGGGGAGUCUGGGGGGACCACUGGACAUCAAGCAUCAUCCCCGGUGGCUCGCACCCCAAAGGCAGCAAGGGAUGUGUAGGGUGCCGGGCACCUCACAUCUGAGCAGGGAUCAGGUGCCAGUGGGGUGCAUGGGGGCACAGGGGCCCAUCGCCACCCCUCGCCACACAUUUCCCUCCCGAGCUCCCCAGUGACCGCUUUAUAUCUCAGUUUACACUAGACAUUGAGUUCUACUGAGUAGGGCUUCCUCCAGUAUAGGAAAAUAGAAAUUACUUUGUGUGAGAUUCUUGAAUAAAUAAUUUAUUCAGAGCUAGGAAUGAGAUUUAUAAAAUAAGAAGUAAUUAUGUCAGGUCACUUUUAUGCUACAUUAUUUUAAUUGCAAAAAAGAAUAAAAGCAUUUCUAUGUGAAAGAGCACGAGAUGUAGAGGUGGGAGGUGGGAGAGAGGCACCAGGCGCACGUCUGUGCGUGGCUCCUCUCCGUAGGUUCUCACAGUGGGUUUUAACAGCUCUCCGGGUAUGAGCCCAGCAUGGUAUGGUGUGACCUCGGCUCACAGCUGGCCCUGCAGCGGGGAUGCUGUGCCCUAUAGUCAUGAGCUACGGCCUGCUGCCUCUAGAACCUUCCAUGCUCCUGGCUAGGUUCAAAUCAUGGAAAACUCUAUUUGCUUCUAAGUAACUGAAGAUCAAAUCUGCCCAUAGCCUGUCCUGGCUGGCCACCAUGUGGGGGUUCUAACCAUAUAGGUUUUGUGACCUAGAGGCACUCAGUAGGGCUGCUGUGCACUCAGAGCACAGUCUUCCUUCUGCCCCUCCCUUGGGAUCUGGUUGGGUAGGAACUACUGACCGCUCAGAGAGCUUCACAGGAUGGGAAGAGUUGUAAGCAGGUACCAUUCUUGGAGCAUGCCACGUGAGGCAUUCCUUCUGGCUUUAUCCGACAUGUGGUUGGGAAGUAAAACAUUCAGGUUGAAGCUGGUGGGACAGUGUAAGCCCGGAACGCUGCAGACCAGACAUCGGUGUCUCGACAGGCAGGCCUGGGUGCUCCUGGCAUCUUGGGGCUGAACCCCAAGGUGCUGCUCAGCACCCUUUCUGCACAGGGUGGUACCCAGGGCCCUGGAGUGGACGCCUGGACCUCCUGUGCUCAGACUUGCCCCAGGUGCCUUGUUGUUUCCACUCAGGAUUAGGGAGGAGGAGAGGGAGAAGGAGGGGUUGUGGUUGUCAGCUCAGUGUGCCAGCCUGCUCCAGCAGGUUGCUCUGAAGAGCAGAAAAGGCGCGGGCAGACUCACACAUCCACCACGGCUGCAUCCAGAGCGGAUGGACAGCUGUGUGGCUCUGAGCUGUUCACCCAGGUGUUGGUGUCCUUGUCACACUGAGAUAGAAACAGAACAAGAGCAUAGCCACUGUGGGUUUCACCAGAUUCCCAGCAGACCUCCAGAGGCUGUGUGUCGUUGCUUAAGUGAGACCCACUUGUGUCCCCAUGUCAGGAGCCCUGCCGUGUCCUUGUGGCUGUCUCCCGUGGCUCUCGUCCCAUGGGGCUUGAUCUUCAAAGCAUGAAGGUCCGACCAGAACUCCCUAGUGACCCGUGCUAUCUCAGAUCUCCUUGGAUCACCACCCGCCCUCCUGAAAGGGAGCCCUCCCAGGCAGGAUUGCAGGGCCCUGCGUGUCUUGGCAGGGCCGCCUUUGUAUGAAAUGCCCUGGGGCUCCUUAGAGAAGUGGUCUCAUUUUAUCACAGUACCAUAUCUCCCCCAUAGGCUCCUGCACUUUCUAGAAAGAAAAACACACAUGUUGGUGUGUUCUUACUCAUGUUUUUAAAUCGUGUUUUUUCUAGUGGAGAUGGGAAGAUGGAUUUAGUUUGUUUUUAAGUACAUUUGGGUUAUAAAAUGUAGCAAAAGUAUAUCCCAUAUACACUAAAAACCAUGCAUUACAUCUGGCUUUCCAUGUCAGAUAACAAGGGUGCCCAACCAGGAAGUGGAUUACAUGCAUAGAGUGUCUGAAACCACAGGGGCUGGUCCUGCUUAGACUUGACCUAGGCCCGGAAAGGAGAGAAAACCUGGAGGCAGCAUGGGACAUGCGCCACCUUUCCCUGCUCCCAGGAUAUGGCAGUUCAAACAGCCCAUCUAUGACCAGAGAAAAAGGAAACAAAUACUUAGUUGAGACACUAAGCUCUUUGAGCCCCUUCCCAAAUGUCCCCAUGAUGGUAGUUUGGACCCAGGAUCUAAAUGCCGCAGACUCAGUAGAACGCUUGACACUCCAAGACCCAGGUGGAAAUGUCUUGGAUACUUCAGCAGGUAAAGAACAGGAGCUUCUCUGUCCUGUGCACUUAGCUAACCCUGAAGUGGUAAGUCCACAAAGCAGUAUCUCUCAGGAUAAUUUGGGCCCAGCAUCAGCAGGGUGUAACUACACAAUAGGAAAGCAUUGUCUGUCGGGAGUCUUGGGUGGGCUGUCUUGUUUCUGCAGAGCCGAGGCUCCCCACUUAGGUGUAGGCAGGGUGUCCAUGCCAUUAGCCUGAUCCCUUAAUGGUGUCAGGAGGUAGCACCUCUCUAGCAAGGGACACCAAAGAACAACUUGGAAUCAGAAUCUGAGUCUUUCAACAUUCUGACUAUUUUGAAGUUUGUUUGGUUUUUUUUUUUUAAUAAUUAAAAAUAUAUUUGUAAGUGUGCAGGCCAUUGUCUCAUAAGGCAUUGCUCUCUGCUUAGUUUAUCCCCAGCGCCUCUUGCCUCCAGACUGUAUGUGCUGCUUGGUUUUUAAACUUUAGUUUCAGACAGGUGCACCAAAGGUGGAGAGCCACCAGAGGGUCAGGAAUGUGGGGUGAGCCUGCAUGUCCCACACACACACACCAAGAGUAAAUGUACACAGUUCGGGGAGCAGCUUGUCACUUCCAGAAUACUUUAAUCCAGAAAUGUCAGCUCUUCCGGUUCUCCUAACACAGGAACCCCUCUCGGAAAAUUCCUUCCUAUCAUCAGCCCCAGACUACACCGCGAGAAGGGCAGAGCGUAUGCGUUCAGUGUGUACAGCUUGUGUGUGUCCUUGUCUCUUGGCACAUCUAUCAUGUGACAGUCCCCCUCCCAAAGGCUGAGGGGGUGGUCACCCACUCCGCAGCUGUGAACUGCUCCACACUGGGGCUCCUGGGUUCAUGAGACUUUAGGAAAUUGGAAUAGGAAGCCUCCGACCCACCAGAAACCAUGAGGAGUUAGUCCCAUGGUCCGACCAAUCACAGCCGGCUCCUCAGUGCACUUUCCGUUCAGUCCCUGGGGGGACGUUCACGUCUCUGUGGUAGUGCCUGUAUUUUCUGUUUGCUGUUUGAAUGACAAGUGCCCAGCCUCAGAAGCACUUAAUUGUAGCCACAGCAGGAGCUGAUGGUAUAAAAGGAACUGAUGGGCCAUUCUCCUGAAUGGAACGCAGGAGGUUAAAAGCACAGUUUGCGGAAUGUUAAUGGAAUAAGCCCCUAAAAGCUGUUAGCUUUUCCAGGCUUUGAGUUAUAUACUUUUAAUUUGAUUUUAGAGUCUGGACACUUUACAUGAAUGUAAUUCAGCCAAGAAACGUGUUGCUAAGAUGCAAUCCUCAGUGUUCUCUGUAUGUAUAUUUAUGUAUAUACCACAUGUUACAGCCUGCAUGAGCUUCCUCACACCGAGCCCAGCCGGAACUGAGCAUGAGAUGCUGUCACAUGUAGACAAAGGACUGAGAUGUUCUCAAUAAAGACUAAGACGUUUCACUA